ACAUGCGGACAGUUUUCUCUAUGGAAUAGCGAAGCCAUGGCAACGUGACGCUUACUCAAGUUGUGGUCUCCGACAGAGUGCCUUUGCCUCUGCUGAUUAUAUAAAACUGUAGCUAGGCUUGUAAACUUAGCCAUUACAAUAAAGUAAAUGUAAGCGAUAUUCAGAGGCUGAGUUAAACGAGGAUGACUCAGAAGGCCAUGAAAGUAGUAGUGGAACUUAACCUCAGAGCGGUGAGCUGUCCUGGGGUGCACCUGCAGGCUAAAGAUGAUAUCUACCUGAGCGUGUGCCUUAUGAAUCAGUACAGGCAGUCCGAGUGCCUACCUGCCGUGUUCCCCUUACUGUUUCGGGAGAAGAUAAGGUUUGAAAAAGUGUUCUGGCAUGCCACAGACCCCGGAGCUCUGGCUGAGAUUCUGGAGUGUGAGAUAGCAAAGGUUGAGCUGAUCCAGCUGACGCCCCCAGUGGGUGAGUCUCUGGCCAGUUUCGUGGAGGAUGUCCGCAGCUUCCUGUUCCCCGAGCCCAAACUGGUUCCGCCAGUGGGGGGAGUGGACCGGGCCGUGCUCAUGAGCAGAGGGCCCACCUUCAUGGGGAUUUGUCCCCGGCUGGAGUUUAACACCAGGACGGUCAUCAGCGAAUGCUCUCCCAGCCCAGAAGCUGCCUACGACGCCAUCCCUCUGCGGGUACUGACGCAGAAGCGCAGGAGGAAGCCUGAGCAUCGAGGCAGCUCUUCGCCUGAUAGGCUGAGCUCCAGCGUCCCCUGGAGACGUGGCAGGGAGCGGGCAUCUGCAGGGUCCACGCGGGCUCGCUCUCUGUCCCCCUACAACUCCGCCCUGCUGGACGGGCACAGCAGCAGCAGCACACACAGGCUGGCAGAGCUGCCACUGGGCACUCGGAGCCCCGCAUCCAGCCUCACAGAGUCUGUGCCAGAGAGUUGGUGUCAGCACGGAUCUGAGUCCUGGCGAGGUAGUGGUCAGUCUUCAGCUUCUCUGUUUUCAUCCCGCACCAGCAGAGCCAGAAGCCCCUCGCCAUCUCUGAGGUCACCGCAGAAACCUGGGAGACAGACUUCAGUUAUAAGGAGAAGCCGCUCUAGUGGCUGGGCACUUGAUGAGGACUCCUGCUCCUCGGAUAUGGAGGAUCUCCUUGACUACGGGGCUGAUGAGGACCUUAGCCAAUCAGGGACGGGAAGGGGCGGUUCCCCCAGCCCAGCAGCAGAGAGGCCGCACGUUAACGGGUCUCUGCUCUGCUCUCAGAACGUGUGGGAGGACGUCCAGACUCGCCUGCGCUCUCUCCUCACCUCCCCUAAAGCCAUGGACAGACUGGCUAACGGUGCUACGGACUCUGAGGUGGAUGAAGUGUUAGCCAGGAGGUCAAUCUCCCCCCACAGUGGCCCUGCUUAGAACAGAGAGAUGGGCUCAUCUGAGAGGGUAGAUGUAUGUUGCAGAAGUGUUGUGAUUGGACAUAUCUUCACACCUAAAGGCAUAAGACAAACGUACUCCAGGCCGGUGUGCCCAUCCCCUCUGGACAAGACAGCUAGUCAGCUCUGCUGCACUUGACUCAGGGCCCUCUAGGGGGCAGUGUCAUAUCCCAGCGUGAUGUGUCAGCUUUAGGACAGUGAGGUGCAGUGUGUGCGUGUGUGUGUGCGUGUGUGUGUUUGUGUAUAGGUGGAAUUAAUGCACUAGCCACACAUGCAUUGCACGAAGUACUGUAUUUUUUUAUUUGUGUGUGUGUGUAACAUUGUAUUCAUGAAAAUAAUUAUUGUGUGAAAAAAUUUAAUUGAAAUAAAACACUCAGAGGGACCUAGUGUGUUGUGAGAUGGCAAUGUUCUGAUAGGACCGCUCCUCCCCGCAUUCUUAAAAUGAAUGAAUGUGUUGGAAUAGAAUGUGUGGAAUAUUAGUCCACCAUGUCCGAGUCACUGUAAGAGCCUUCCGAUGACCUCUGACCUCUGCUCUCCUCUCAGUUAACUGAUCAUAUGACUAGAGCUAUAUCCAGCACAUGGAUGGGUGUGGUACCAACAGCAGGUUAUAAAAGCAAGAAUCAUGAUUCCAAAUAGUCCAUUUGGACAGUGGUUUGGUCUACCAGACACACGGCAUGUUUUUAUGCCAUUGGCACCAUUCAGGGACAUCAUAAAAAGCCACAC